AGGGCCAUUAUUAUGAUCCUCUUCGUGGUUCCGGCUUUAUAGAAAACAAGCUCAAAACUUUACGAAAACAAAUGGCAAUAGAAGAUAAGAUGUAUAAAAAACAAAAGAGAAGCCACUCAACAUAUGCAAGUAGUUCCAGUUUUGAGAGUAGCGAAGAUGCUGACACCAGUGGGAGUACUGUUGAACUGGAUGCCUCACUUCUGGAAGACGAUAGCCCUAUACUGAAAAAGAUUAAAUGGCUGAAAGAAACCACACCUAACAAGGACAAUAAGGCAGAAAUAUAUAACAUAAUGAAGGAAAGUCAUGACUAUCGUAGGCUUGAAAUACAGCUGAAGCCUAUGACCUUAACUGACAUUUUAGAAAAGUACCCAAGGUUCUGUGAUGCUUAUGAGGGUGGAUUGAUUGACUGUGAAUUUGAGAUGAAUUACCCGGAGUGUAAGAAGUUUAUGAAAAUUUUUCCACCACUCAUUCAAAAAAUUCUUAAAAUGGAUCAGGAUUGUGUUCAGUGUGAUGAUGGUAUGUGCUUUAUGCUUUAUAUUACUGAUAUUUUAUGUAUAAAUACUGGUUGACUUAGAACUAUCUCUGCCACAUUUCCAACUGGGCGGCA